AGGGCUGCGGUUGAGCUUGACUUGUCUGUUUUGGGAACCCUGGUGAGGAAGCGUGCGUGUGUGUGUGUGUUUGUAUGUGUGUAUUUGUAUGUGUGUGUACUGCAUGUGUGUGUGAACCAUGGAGCACAUUAAUAAUAUUCAGGUGGUUCCGUGCAGCAGCUCGAAUUAUCUGAAACCGUUCACGGUGCAUUAUAGCCAGAAUGGAACAAAGAAGUCGUGGGAUUUUAUGCGAACUCAUGACAGUGUCUCUGUGCUGAUCUUCAAUACCACCUCUCAUUGCUUCAUCCUGGUCAAGCAGUUCCGCCCAGCUGUGUACAUGUGUGAAUGGGAGAGAAUGAAACUCGCACACGCUGACCCAGAAGGAGCACAGGGAAGUGAUGACCGUGCCACGGCUGCCCCAGAGGAGGAGCAGGAGGGAAGCGAGGAGGCCAGUCGCCCUCACCAGCCCCCAGCUUCAGCAGGGGUGACGUAUGAGCUGUGUGCUGGCAUCGUAGACAAGCCGCAUCUCUCCCUGGAGGAGAUCGCCUGCCAGGAAGUGCUAGAGGAGUGUGGUUAUGAAGUUCCUGUCUCCAAGCUAAGGAGGAUCACAUCAUACAGGUCAGGAGUAGGAGUUACGGGUGCCAAGCAGACCAUGUUCUACGCAGAGGUGUCCGACGAGAACCGCGUUGGUGAGGGUGGUGGACAACCUCAAGAAGGCGAGCUGAUCGAGGUGGUCAAAGUGCCCCUGCAUGAGGCCAUGACUUUCGCUUAUGACGAGAGCAUCCCUAAAACCAUGGGCGUCAUUUUUAGCUUCAUGUGGUUCCAUAGCAACAUGGCACCCAAGUAUAAAAUCUCCACUAAUGUGUAAUGGAUGACAGCUGCUGUUUCUUCUAACCUUCUAAAGCAACCUGUACGUAACUUUGUGUUCCUUUUGAAUUGAAUACUGUAUUCUUAAUUGCUUUCCACUUUUCUUCCUCUGUUUCAGACUUUGCCUCAAACUAAUGUUAGCCAUAAUUCCUCCUUGGUAGUAGAUGAAUCCCAGAACACAAUAAUAGUAAUUGUGAAUUUGUUUCGUGAUAUUGUAUCAUUUGCUUUUAAUGAGACGGUUAUUAACUUUUUUUUUUAUUAUUUAUUAAAUCUGACUGCUCUAAGAAAUCCUAUAAAUCAUGGCUGGUAAAACUAUACACGUUUGAAGAUGAGGUUAGAAGAUGAAGUUCUUCAUAACAUCUACAUAGGAGGUUUGGAGGAAAGAGGUUUGGGGAAGUACUGCAUGAUGUAUGUAUGUACAGUGGUGCUUGAAAGUUUGUGAACCCUUUAGAAUUUUCUAUAUUU